CUCCCCGCCCCCACUCCUCUCCGCCGAUCCAGAUACCUCCGGCGGAGCUCGUCACCGUUCCUCCGCUUCCCACUCCCCACAGCAACGGCCGACGGCCUCACCGCGGCGCGAAAUCCCCCACCACCAUGAAGCCAGCAAGGAUUUUCCCGUGCCGGCCGCUGGUGUCCCCGCCGCUGCCGCGGGCCCUCGCCGCUGCGGCACAUGUCUCCGUGCGGCGGCUGCCGUGGCCGUCGACAUCGCUGCGCGUGGUGCGGUGCAUGGCCAAGGAGCGGCGGGUGCGGGUGGUGGGGAAGCAGAUCUAGCGGGAGCUGGCAAACAUGUUGACCCGCGACCCCGUCAUGCAGCGCGCCGUCCACCACCGAUGUCCCCAUCUCGCAUCGUCCCCGUCAACUCGUAGACGCCCCGCAUCGAGCCCAACAAAACCUCGCGCGCCCCCACACCUUCUUCGUCGAUGCGGCCAUGAUGGCGGUGGCGACCGUGAGCUAGGCCGGCAUGGUGACCCCGCGCCGCACCGCUGCCGCCGCCCGAUCCGUGACAGCCAGCUCCGCCGCAAGGAGCCUGGAGGACCAUCCUUCCAGAGGCAAGCGUUCACUAAAGGCAUGUCGCACGAUGAAGCUGUGGCUGCCCAGAAGACUAGGAAAUCAGGUUCACCCCCUAAGGGCGAGGCCGGAGAUGUAUGUGCUGUGAUGUCCCUGGGGUGGCGCCACUGUACCCGACGCUUGCCCUGAUCACCACAGUGGUGCUUCGGCGGCUUCCAAACCCUCUCCUGGAUGUGGUGAUGAUCACACCACAGCCGUGGUGUGGCUGAGUCUCCGCUACAGCUACAACCUCCCUCUGGAGAGAACCUAGUGUCUUAUAUGGGGAAGCAAAGCAGCAGCUCACAACUCCGACCUGCAACUCCCGAUGAAGGCACAACGACGCACCAUGCUCCUCCUUUGGAAGGUCGGCUCCUGGACCGUAAAUUUCUCUUAAUUUGUGCUCUGGUUGAUACCAGCUCUUUGUAUUGUUGCUGCAUUGAUGCUAAACAAUAUGCUGUUAAUCUGUUGUUAUAUUCUCACCAAAUGCAUGGGUUGGUACUUAUCAUUUGCCCUUUUACAAAUAUAUCGCAGUUUUGCUGUUAUGCGAAUGUUAUAUGCACGGUUUCUUAUUAGAUCUGAACUUCAGCAGCUAUUUUUCAUUGUUAGGAGAAUGUUGUAUGCACGGCUUCACUUGAUUUCCUUUCUUUUUUGA